AUGAAGUCGAGCUUCGAGUUUUCCAAUUUGCUCGGGACGGUGUACCGACGGGGCAACUUGGUGUUCCACGGGGACUACCUUCUUUCCCCCGUGGGUAACCGGGUGCUGUGCUUCGACUUGGUGGCGAACAAGCUGUUCACCUUCGCCUACGAACACCGCAAGAACAUCGACCGUAUCGCCAUCAACAAACAGGGUACGCUCUUGAUGCUGGUGGACGAGGACGGUAGAGCCAUCUUGGUCAACUUCCAUGCGCGUACCGUGCUUCACCACUUCAAUUUCAAGGAACCCAGUCACGAUAUCCAGUUUUCUCCCUGUGGCCGUUAUUUCGCCGUGGGCCACGGACGUACCGUGACGGUGUGGCACACUCCUAACCAAUCGGAAGACCGUCAGUUUGCUCCGUUUGUCAAAUUGAGAGACUACGCUGGCCACUAUACCGACGUGUUGCUGAUUACGUGGUCGCAGGACCUGAGAUUCUUCCUCCUGACGCUGAAGGAUUUGACCGCCAGACUCUGGAGUUUACACUCUGAGGAGGCUGAAGCGAAGACGGUGUUUGCUGGCCAUAGAGACUACGUGUUGCGGGCGUUCUUCAACAAGACCCAGGAGAUCAUCUAUACUUUACUGAAGGAUGGGGCGGUGUUUAAAUGGGAAUAUCUCCCUGAUAACGAGGACGAGACCGUGGAAAGAUGGCAAAUCACUGAAAAGAACUUCCUCCAUUGUGAAGCUAAAGUCCGUUCAGGUGACUACUCUCCCGCAAACGAUAUGUUGGUGGUUGGUUUUACUAGUGGUGAAUUCAGACUCUACGAAUUAGGUGAAUUUAACCACAUUCAACUGUUGCUGAUGGGACAACACUCUGUGGAUACCGUCAAGAUUAACGAGCUGGGAGAAUGGUUGGCGUUCGGGUCGCUGAGAGCAGGCCAGUUGGUCGUCUACGAAUGGCAGCUGGAGCUGUAUAUCCUCAAACAGCAGGGCCACUACGACGCCAUGAACUGCGUCGUGUACCUGCCCGACGGGCUGCGGGUGGUCACGGGGCUGGACGACGGUAAGAUUAAGGUGUGGGACGUGAGACUGGGGUUCUGCUUGUAUACCUUCUCUGACCACCAGGCCCCUGUCACCUCAGUACAAUUUGCUAAGCGAGGACAGGUUCUCUUCUCUUCGUCGCUUGAUGGUACUUGUCGUGCCUACGACUUGAUCCGGUUCCGUAACUUCAGAACUUUCACUGCCACCGAAAGAGUGCAAUUCUCGUGUGUUGCCGUUGAUCCUCUGGGUACGUUGGUGUGUGCUGGGUCUCAGGAUACGUUUGAAGUGCACGUGUGGCUGGUGCAAACCGCCCAGUUGCUUGACCUGUUAACUGGUCAUGAAGGUCCCGUUUCCUGCUUAGCGUUUGGCCAGGAACUGACGGUGCUUGCCUCGGCGUCGUGGGAUAAAACCGUUCGUGUUUGGGACUUAUUUGGCCGCCUGCUUAAAGUGGAACCCAUCGAAGUGUCGCUGGACGUGUUGGCUCUUGCGAUGAGACCCGACUCUAAGGAAGUGGCAGUGCUGCUGCUCGAUGGUCACAUCACUACUUACGACCUUGAAGAAGCUCAACAGACCCACCAGAUCGAUGGUCGUCGUGAUAUCAUUGCUGGGAGAUACCUUAACGACCGGUUCGAAGCCAAAAACCUGGCGAGACUGAAGUUCUUCACUUGUUUGCAAUACUCGUUUGACGGGCUCUCCCUCGUCGCUGGGGGUACCCAUAACUCUAUCUGCAUGUACGACGUCAACACCGAUGUGAUGGUGAAGCGGUUCGUGGUGCUGGAGAACAUGACGUUGGACGGUACUUUACAGAAGCUUAAUCUGAGUAAGAUCACCGAUGCCGGUACCAAUAUUGAUACUAUUGACGUGGAUGGUGAGAACAGUGAUAUGGAAGAUCGUAUCGAUACAACCCUCCCUGGUCUGCACCGGGGUGACCCUCUGGCACGUAAUAUCCGUCCAGAAGUUAAGGUGCUCUCAGUGGCGUUUUCUCCCACUCUGCUGGCGUUCGUUGCUGCUUCCACUGAAGGUCUCUUGGUGUACUCGGUGGACGACUCAGUGGUGUUUGACCCCUUUGACUUGGAUGUUGACGUUACUCCUGAACUGGUUAAGGAACUGUUAACUGAUAAAGAAUACUUACCCGCUCUUGUGAUGGCGUUCCGUCUUAACGAACCCUACUUGAUCCAAGAAGUGUUUGAGGCGAUCCCUGUCGACGAUAUCGCCUUGGUCGCCGACCAACUUCCUGUGGUGUACCUUGACCGCAUGCUUAAGUUCAUCGGCGGUUUACUCCGCGACGAUUACCCCCACCUUGAGCUUGCCCUCGUAUGGGUGAAGCGGCUUAUCACCACUCAUGGCCGCUAUAUCAGCAACCACAAACUGCAAUUCAGAGGCUCCGUACGUCUCUUACAACGGUUCUUGGCUCGCUACGCCAAGGAGAUUGUCGCCACUGCUAAGAACAACCAGUACUUAUCGUCAUAUCUCCUCCAACCGCGACAGUUGGAUAAUGAAGAUGAAGACGAAGACGUCGACAUUAAUGGUGAAGGCGAAGACGAAGAAGACGAAGACGAAGACGUUAACAUGGACGAGAGCGACGACGAAGGCGAGUGGAUCGCCCCGAAAGUCACCGCUGCCACCGCCUUUGCCUAA